UAUAUUAGAGCUAAUUUCUCCCCAUUCAUCCUACCUUCCCUUCAAACCCACAAGCCUUUGGCAAGAUGAAGUGGGUAACCUUUACUUGUGUUCUCUUUCUUUUCAGCUCUGCUUACUCCAGGGGUGUGUUUCGUCGAGAUGCACACAAGAGUGAGGUCGCUCAUCGGUUUAAGGAUUUAGGAGAAGAAUAUUUCAGAGGCCUGGUGCUGGUUACCUUUUCUCAGUUUCUCCAGCAAUGCCCAUUUGAAGAACAAGUAAAGUUAGCAAAAGAAGUAACUGAGUUUGCAAAAACAUGUGUUGCUGAUGAGUCAGCUGAAAAUUGUGACAAGUCACUUCACACCCUGUUCGGAGAUAAAUUGUGUGCGAUCGCAUCUCUUCGUGACACCUAUGGUGACAUGGCUGACUGCUGUGCCAAAAAGGAACCCGAGAGACACGAAUGCUUCCUGAAACACAAAGAUGAUAACCCAAACCUGCCUGCCUUGGUGAGACCAGAGGCCGAUGCAUUGUGCACUGCCUUUAAGGAAAGUGACCAGAAGUUGUUGGGAAAAUACUUAUAUGAAGUUGCCAGGAGACAUCCUUUCUUUUAUGGCCCAGAGCUUCUGUACUUUGCUCAAGAAUAUAAAGGAGUUUUGACAGAAUGCUGCGAAGCUGCUGACAAAGCCGCCUGCCUGGGCCCAAAGCUGGAUGCCUUGAAGGAAAAAGUACUGGUUUCAGGUGCCAGACAGAGACUGAAGUGCUCCAGUCUCCAGAAAUUCGGAGAGAGAGCUUUCAAAGCAUGGUCCAUUGCUCGCCUGAGUCAGAAAUUUCCCAAUGCUGAGUUUAUAGAGGUUUCCAAGCUGGUGACAGAUCUUACCAAAGUCCACAAGGAAUGCUGCUCAGGUGACAUGCUUGAAUGUGCAGAUGACAGGGCGGAUCUUGCCAAGUACAUGUGUGAAAAUCAAGAUUCAAUCUCCAGCAAAUUGAAGGAAUGUUGUGCUAAACCUCUGUUGGAGAAAUCCCAGUGCCUUGCUGAGGUGGAAAAUGAUGAUUUGCCUAGUGACUUGCCCUCAGUAAAUGUUGAUUAUGUUGAUGAUAAGGAUGUUUGCAAAAACUACAAGGAGGCAAAAGAUGUCUUCCUGGGCACGUUUUUGUAUGAGUACUCAAGAAGGCAUCCUGACUACGCUGUCUCAUUGCUACUGAGACUUGCCAAGGGAUAUGAAGCUACACUGGAGAAGUGCUGUGCCUCCGAUGACUCUCACGCAUGUGUUUCCAAAGUGUUUGAUGAACUUAAGCCUCUUGUGGAUGAGCCAAAGGCAUUAGUCACAAAAAAUUGUGAAACUUUUGACAAACUUGGAGAGUAUGGCUUCCAAAAUGCGCUCUUAGUUCGUUACACGAAGAAACUACCCCAAGUGUCAACUCCAACUCUUGUGGAUGUCUCAAGAAAACUAGGCAGAGUGGGCAGUUACUGCUGUAAGCUUCCAGAAGUAAAAAGAAUGGGUUGUGCUGAAGACUAUCUGUCCGUGGUCUUGAACUGGUUGUGCGUGUCCCACGAGAAGGCACCAGUGAGCGACAGAGUUACCAAAUGCUGCACAGAGUCAUUGGUGAACAGGCGGCCAUGCUUUUCUGCUCUGGAGGCUGAUGAAACCUAUGCUCCCAAAGAUUUUAACGCUGAUACAUUCACCUUCCACGCAGAUGUAUGCGCACUUCCUGUGCCUGAGCAACAAGUCAAGAAACAAACUGCCCUUGUGGAGCUGUUGAAACACAAGCCCAAAGCAACUGAGGAACAACUGAAAACUGUUAUGGGAGAUUUCACAACUUUCUUCCAGAAGUGCUGCGCAGCUGCUGACAAAGAAGCCUGCUUUGCAGAGGAGGGUCCAAAACUUGUUGCUUCAAGUCAAGCUGCUUUAGCCUAAAAACAACACACUCACAAGCAUCUCAGCUUACCCUGAGAGAAAGAAAGAGAAAUGAAGACCCAAAGCUUAUUCAUCUGUUUUUCCUUUCCUUUGGUAUAAAACCACAACCUCUCUAAAGUACAUACAUUUCUUUAAAUAUUUUGCCUCCUUUCUCUGUGAUGCAAUUAAUAAAAAUAUUUAAAAAAAACUAAAAUAA